UUAUCAGACAGCCAGGCACAGGCUACUCACCUCCCUCCUUUCUCCUCUUCUUCUCCUUCUUACUUCUUUUCUGCAUCUUAUUGCAAUCCCGUCAUCAUUCCUGUAUGGUGGAUAUUAUCUUCAACUCUUCUUUCUUGGGUGAUAUGGGGGAUCAUUCCAAAAAGAAGUCCGGAUUCGCGAUGUGUGUAGGCUGUGGAAGUCAGAUACAUGACCAGUACAUUCUGAGAGUUUCCCCGGACCUGGAGUGGCAUGCAGCCUGCCUGAAGUGUGCAGAGUGCAGCCAGUACCUGGAUGAGACAUGCACUUGCUUCGUACGGGACGGAAAAACCUAUUGCAAAAGAGAUUAUGUAAGGUUAUUUGGAAUAAAAUGUGCAAAAUGUAACCUGGGAUUCAGCAGCAGUGAUUUGGUGAUGCGAGCCCGGGACAACGUGUACCACAUCGAGUGUUUCAGAUGUUCCGUGUGUAGCAGGCAGCUCUUGCCGGGGGAUGAGUUCUCUCUCCGGGACGAGGAGCUGCUGUGUCGGGCGGACCACAGUUUACUAAUGGAGCGGAGCUCCGCCGGAAGCCCAAUCAGCCCCGAACAUAUCCACUCCAACAGAUCACUACACUUAGCAGCAGAGCCGGUGACAGUACGGGCACCACACCGAAACCACGUCCACAAGCAGUCAGAGAAGACAACACGAGUGCGAACCGUUUUGAACGAGAAACAGCUCCACACGUUACGGACCUGCUACAACGCCAAUCCGCGGCCAGAUGCGCUAAUGAAGGAACAACUGGUGGAAAUGACCGGCCUCAGCCCAAGGGUUAUUCGAGUUUGGUUCCAGAAUAAAAGAUGCAAAGACAAAAAGAGAUCUAUUCUCAUGAAGCAACUUCAGCAGCAGCAACACAGUGAUAAGACUGUAAGCAUCUUCAGUCUACAGGGGCUCACGGGUACGCCUCUGGUUGCCAGAAGCCCUAUCAGGCACGACAACACGGUGCAGGGUAACUCGGUGGAGGUGCAGACCUACCAGCCUCCUUGGAAGGCCCUCAGCGAGUUCGCCCUGCAGAGUGAUCUGGACCAGCCGGCCUUUCAACAACUGGUGUCAUUCUCGGAAUCGGGUUCAUUGGGAAACUCAUCCGGCAGCGACGUGACUUCUCUGUCAUCGCACUUACCCGACACCCCGAACAGCAUGGUACCCAGUCCGGUGGAGACGUGAGACCGAGCCACCAGCCUCGGUUCCAGGCCUAGCAUGUUCCCGCCCCGGUCCCCGGUCCCCUGCAUGUGACCAGCUCAUCACAGCGUCCUAAAGACAGAGGAGUCGUUUCGGACAUGGAGGAGAAAAUGACAUAUUCUAAAUGUUGAACAAUUACCUAACGGCACUAUAAAGCAACGCGAACGAAAGCCCUUCUUCUUUAAGACUCAGUUCAGCAGUUUUGAGGAUAUCAGUGACAAAAGAAAAACCGAACUUCGUUGCAUGAACCGAAAGAAGAUAGAAGAUUCUCGUGAUGGAUUUACAAAACAGCCUCCCUCCAUAUUACAUUGGAGCCAUUUGAUGUCGAACCAGAUGGACAUUCUGCAAUUCAUUGUGAACAUAUCGUCUCUUGGUUUCUUUGUGUGAUUUUUGAUACAUUUAUUUCGUUAUCAAGUCCAUAGACUCGUGUGUUUGUCUUAAAAAGGAGCAUGAUUUCCGAAGAUUAUAUAAAACAGAUUCUUGUUGUUAAAUAUUUGAUCUUAAUAGGAAAAGGGCAGGUUGUUUGAGCCUCUCUAACAAAAGUAAGUUAUUGUUAUUUAUUGUCAGGACAACGAUUCAUAAAGGAAGUAAUAACUGAUCAAAAAUAAACUGUUAAAUCUUUAUAAUGUCUAAGGUGCACAGUCUUUGCAUAAACUCUUGUAGAAUUUCACUCACUAGGCUUACACCCCCGUUCCCUCACUAGGCUUACACCCCCGUUCCCUCACUAGGCUUACACCCCCGUUCCCUCACUAGGCUUACACCCCCGUUCCCUCACUAGGCUUACACCCCCGUUCCCUCACUAGGCUUACACCCCCGUUCCCUCACUCAGCCUGUGGCAUGCAGUUCAUCAAGUUGACCAGUGGUUAUUUGAGCUAUAGACAUCAAAACCUUCAACCAAAGGUAUUCCCAAAACGAGUAUGCUUCACGCAAACCUUAUAGGCCCCCAGUUCCCCGAGCUUCUAAACCACAGAGGUGUAGGCCUAUAUACAACAAAUCAAACACCAAUAUAUUUCUGAAUUUAUCAAAAUAAUAAUUCUACUAACAAGGUGAAUAAGUUUUAGUUCCCUAUUUAUCCCUGCAUCAAGUAUAAAACCCACUGCGAAAAGUAGACCUAUUUAAUUGCGAUACAAAAGGAUGGAUUAAAACGUCAAUGAUCGAAUACUGAGGGUCCAUUGAUGAAAGCAUUUGCAUAUAAAUGUUGAAUGUUAUGACUAUUAUCAGGCUAAUCUGAUAGGCCCAUUGAUUUGGGGGAAAUCCUUAUUAUCAUGUUAUUAUGUUGGUUUUAUUACGCAGGCUAUUUAAUCAUUUUAACUUUUUUUUUAAACAUUGGAGCUUAAAAAUUGCAUGUGGAAUGAAAAAUAAUGUAUAUUUUUUAAAGUAAAUAAGACACCCUCAAUUUAAGGUUUAGCGCAGCCUACCUAAUGCUUAUCAUAAUAGUUUUUCUGAGGCUGGGAGAUUGGAAAUAAGGUGGAUUGGCUUCUGGUCAUUUACUUUCUAGGGGCGAAUUUGUGUUGUGAUCAAUCCAGUUUCAAUGUUUAAGUCACAAGUCUAGACAGCCAAGGAUCGGCGGCUUCUUAUCUGCGCCUGGCAUCACCUGCAAACGAUACAUUGAAUGAAGCCACAACAAACCCACUGCUCUCUUUGGAAAGAGCUAGUUUAGGGGAGAGACCAGCUCGUAAACCCACCCUAAACUGGCCGCAGUUUAUUUUCAUUCCACUCAGUCAAUUGCGUUAUUACGCACGGGUCAGACGUCUCAGUAAUGACAUCUCAGACCAAGUACCUUUGCGUGAUUUUAACCGGGCUACGCAAAGACUAGGCUACCUGGACGCAAUUAGUUAGCACUCAUCAAAUAAAUUGAGAUAAUAGGAACAAUUAACAAAAAAAAUACAGUAGACUUAGACUAAAUAUAUAGCCUGUUAUUAAUUAACCCAUUUGUAGUUGGCUAUAAAUUCCGUUUAAAAGUGGGUCUAACUUAUUAUUUUAAUGUCUGACCAUAAUAUCACAGGAUCAAAGUAGUCUCAGGAAUGAAACUCUAUCUUGUAGAUUUAAUUUAAUAUGUAUUAAACAUCAUUAUCCUAAUUCAACUCAACUAUUGGCUAGGCCUACGAUUUAUUGAUUGAUUGAUUUCAUUAUAG